ACGUUUUGCAAACGGCAGCAGCUGUUCGUGUUUAUAAAUUUUCAGUAAUGUGUGUGAUAUAUUGAAGUAUUUUAAUAUUCCAUUAUCUAAGGAUAUACCUAGUUAAUUAGAAUAAUUAUUUAUUUGUAUAAAAAAUUAUUCGUUAGGAUACCAUAAUAAAUUAAAUUAGUAAAGGGAGAUUCUCGAAUAGAAAUCUAAUGGAGGCGAAACUGAAACAAUAUAGAGCGUUAAGGCGACGCCAACAAUUUGUUGAUAAUAUAAAGCAAAAAUUGGAAAAUUCUAAAGAGAAGUUUAUUAAUUUUUUAGUUCCUAGUAUGGCAAAAGUUGAAGAAAGACAUGAAGAAGAAGUUGUUUUGUUGGAAGAUGACGAUGAAGACGAUUCCCCAAUAACAUACACAAAAGCAUUAUUAGAAGAAUCAGUGGAUUUAACGUCUGAAGUGAGUGAAGUAGAAUCUAUUGAAGAGAACCAAGAGUCAUGGCGCUAUUGUAUGAUCAAAUGGACGAUAUAUGCAAUUAUCUGGUUGACACUAUUCAUUUACUUCUUGAAACUGCAAUUUGGAGCAGUUUUCUUUGUUAUAUCAGUUCUGAUUGGUAUUUGUCUGAAUACCAGUACAAAGCCUAAGAAAAGAGGUGAAGUAUCUGCAUACAGUGUGUUUAAUGAAAACUGUGUGAGCAUAGAUGGUACACUUAAAGCAGAACAGUUUGAGAAGGAAAUUAGAUAUGGAGCGGGCAGUGUACGAACAUUUUAAAUAAAUUAAAUGUGACUAUAGUGAUGUAGUAAUAUGAUUAAGACCUAAAUGAAAUAUUAUUUUAA